UCGCUCUGUAUGAAAAUAGAUGCUGUUAAGGCCAGCUGCAUUGUGAAUUUGGUAGCGUAAUUAUCUGACGCUCAUCACCGAGAGUCAUUCCACAGCGUAGACGCGUAGAAAUAUUUCACAUAUAUAUCCUAGCAAAACAAGAGUCGUUUCAUUCGACGAAACAACCGAAAAAUAUAUAACUGAAGUUCAACGACGACUGCAUUUUCCCCCUAAAGCCUACGAGACACCCAGUUUGGCGGAGGGAUACCGACUGUUCUAGACGUCGAGAGGCAAAACUCUACGCCUGAGUCCGCAUCGCCCCAUCUUUUUUUGAUUUUCUAUAUAUAUAUUUUUAUCGUAUCCAGUAAAACUAGGCUUUUCUCUUAGGUCCCUGUCUUUAUUUAGAUGGCAAGCUUCCCAGAUUCUGUCAACGAAAAUGAAAUAGGUAAGGCUAAGUUCAUCGGUGAACUCCUGACACCUGUUGCCCCCUUUGAUCAGAAGUCUGGGCGUGAGACCUGGACUGUCGCCUUUGCACCUGAUGGUUCCUAUUUUGCUUGGUCUCAAGGGCAUCGCAUCGUCAGGCUUGUUCCCUGGUCAAAAUGCCUUAAAAAUUUCUCUAUCAGCCAUGGUGUGGAGGGCACCAAUGCAUCAAGCCCACGGCACUUAUCCCGGCAGAACAGUGAUGGAGGCCAGGUAGUCCCGGUGGCCGGCGAGCCCGGCGAACACACCAUUGACUGUGGAGACAUUGUCUGGGGCUUGGCCUUUGGCUCAUCAGUGCCCGAGAAGCAGAGCCGCUGUGUUAACAUCGAGUGGCACCGAUUCAAGUUUGGCCAGGACCAACUGCUGCUGGCAACGGGCCUCAACAAUGGCCGCAUCAAGAUCUGGGAUGUGUACACUGGAAAGCUGUUGCUGAAUCUGAUGGACCAUACCGAUAUAGUACGAGACUUGACCUUUGCUCCUGAUGGCAGUCUCAUGCUGGUCUCGGCAUCAAGAGAUAAGACCCUCCGUGUGUGGGACCUAAAAGAUGAUGGUAACAUGGUGAAAGUAUUGCGGGGGCAUCAGAACUGGGUGUACUGCAGCUCUUUCUCCCCUGACUCGUCCAUCCUGUGCUCAGUGGGCGCCGGUAAAGCGGUGUUCCUAUGGAACAUGGAUAAGUAUACGCUGAUCCGGAGGCUGGAGGGGCACCACAACGACGUGGUGUCUUGUGAGUUUUCACCAGAUGGGGCGCUGUUGGCCACCGCCUCCUAUGACACCCGGGUCAUUGUAUGGGACCCCCACAAGGCCACCAUCCUGCUGGAACUGGGCCAUCUCUUCCCUCCACCAUCACCAAUUUUUGCUGGAGGGGCAAAUGACCGCUGGGUUCGCUCUGUGAGCUUCUGCCAUGACGGCCGCCACAUUGCCAGCAUCACUGACGACAGAUUGGUUCGUUUCUGGAGUAUUGAGGAAAGGGCUCCUCAGGCUAUUGCCCCCCUGAACAACGGCCUCUGUUGUGCCUUCUCUACUGGAGGAAGUGUCCUUGCUGCUGGGACUCGUGACGGCAGUGUGCACUUCUGGGAGUGUCCUCGUAGCAUUGCCAGUCUGCAGCACUUGUGCCGCUUGACCCUCCGGCGGGUCAUGACCACCCAGCAGGUGGACGCUUUGGCCAUCCCUGCCCUUUUACGCGACUACCUGGCCUAUAAAGUCAUCUAGGCCUUCUCCCCCCAUACCACCACCCAACCCCAAUGCACCUGCUGCAGCAUGCUGGAAAACCAAUGACUCGCUUCCUUUUCUUAAAAAUCAUUAGCUCUUCACAGAGAACUUGUAGAGUGAAGCAGAUGGACUCAGACAGAGGAAAGCCAGGACGCGGUUAUGGUUUGACUGAAGCUCCAGAGUCCCCGAUGCUAUCCUCAGCCCCAACACACCAUGCUGUUCUCUGUCCUUUUUUAAUAUAUUUAUUUUUGUACAUGCUUUAGUAGAUGCAUGUUGGGCCUGCGUGCUGUCCAUAGCGACUGGGUCAAGUUAUCUGUGGGGCCUACUGUCUCGUUCACCAUAUCAGUAUCAAACCUUUUCAGUUUCCAGCUCUGCCAGCUGCAUACGGGUUCCAGCUGUAGAGAAUCCGGCUCUGUAGACGGAUCAGUGAACAUGUUGACGUCACCAUCUCUCCUCUGACUUGAAAUGGCCUGUUGCACUUAAUCUGAGAAGGUUUGCAAUGAUGCUGGCUCUUAAGUCAGGUGUUUUGUUUUCUUUUGGCAGAGAGGUUGAGCUAAAGGGAAGUGUGGUUCUCAUUUUAGUUGUCGACCCCCAAUACCGCUAUUAUCAAAAUUAUAAUAUCCAUAAAUGUGUCCAUUUUUAUGUGAAAACUGCCCCUAAAAAGAUUUCAAAGAACAUGUCAGAGCUCAUGGUUGAAACCCAAGAUAAUCAGCAUCUUUUAUGUGGAUAGUAGCUCUGACAUGUUUUUUUUUGGGUUUUUUUUUCUGCCUCUGUUGGCCUGAUAUCAGCAGCCUGAUGUCAAUGACCCAAAACUGCGCUCAGCCUCAUUUUUGGACAGAUUAACCGGUCAAACCUUGAUGGGAGUACAAGUCCCGUCCUGAUUCCAAAUGCAGCCACAGAACAGCCGAACACUGGAUUGCAGAUAUCUUCACAUAUAUUUUAAUGGGGAUCUCUGCGGUGACGGCAUGCUUGAAUGGACUCCUGUUUUAGCUGAGUGUGUGUAUCCUCAGGGACAGGGGGCCACGCCCCCUCCCCCUCAUGUGCCUGUGUUGAAGAGCCUCCUGGCCAGGCCCCACUGUGCUCUGUCCCGCCCCCUGCAGGGCCAGGAGAGACCAGCUUCAAGUUCCAUUAUUAGCAAAGCCCCUCUGCCACCAGCUCUGAGCUGUCCAUAUCUCAACAUGUACAAAAAAUAGACAAUUCCAUGUCUUUGUAAAUAUAUAUAAAUAUAAAUAUAUAAUUAUACCAAGUAUAUAAACAUAUCAAAGUGUCAAGAGUUUUACACUGCUUUUUGUCAUCCACAUCCAGUACUUGUGUUAAACACUUAUUUUUGUUUGUGCUCUUUUAUUUUUCUUUUUUUCCUUUAAAUGUGAAACUCUGUUUAUGUAUAACUUAAGAUGUCUUACUGAUGAGCGACCAGAAUGACAGAAUAUUUACAUUUGUUUUACAGGUCAGACUUAGACUGUGCAAGUAUGAAUGGCUGUGUGCCCUGUGACCUACACACAUGCUGUAUACAGGACUGUGUACCAAUGACAACACAAGCUGUGCAAUGCCAGUACCCCCUCAAAGAAAUCAGCUUUCUGCUCUUUGUUUUUUCCUCCCACAUUCAAGAGACCAGUUUGCUCAGUCCUAAAGCUUCUGGUGACAAAUUUUAAGACAACCUUUGAACUGGAUUCUGGGUAUAAAUAUGCACAUGUCAGAAAUACCUCUUUAACAUGCAGCAUCUUCAGAAUGGUCAUUUUCAGAAUUGUAAACCUCUUGAUUGUCAGUUCCAGUGUGCAGCCUUACAUGCCUUGUAAGUUUAUUUAGGGCUAAUGAUGUGGAGGUAAAGGAGAUGUCAAGAAGGGAAAUGAACAUAUGCUCUUCUUUUAAGUUAGUUUUGUGUAUGUUUCUGUAAAGUGCAGGCUGCAGAGCGGCAAUAAGUUCUCUGUCCUCAGUUGGUGCAGAUGCCAAAGGUUCUCCUGUACAUAGUAAAGCCACCAGGCUGCUAGUGUAGAAUCAGUUGGGUUGUUGUCACGGCGUUUUGCUGACAGGUGAUGUAUGUGUGAUGAAUGGGCUGCAGUGCUUGGUUCUUCCACUCAAACCCUGACAAGAGUUGUAUCAAAAGUGUUUUUAAUCCCACAACCAUCGCAACAAAACAGUCCCGACUCAUUUAGAUGCAGUAUGAAUUGGUGACUAUCGAGAAAA